UGGCGACAGUGUUCCGGUUCUUUCAUAAGUUUUACAAGUACGCCAUGAGCCAAGAUUUGUGAAAAGGGAGUGUAAUUUGUUUUCAGUUUUAAAAUACAGAAACACUUUAUCAUUUAGGCAAUGUCUUCAGCCGGUUCGAGCGGUUCGGGGCGCGGCAGAGGCGGCCAAGCGGCCGUCGGCGAUCAGAAGGAGUCCAAGGAAACCAAGCCCAAUCCCAAGAUGUCCAAGGCGCUGGGCACGUCGGCCAAGCGGAUCCAAAAGGAACUGGCCGAGAUCACGCUCGACCCGCCGCCCAACUGCAGCGCCGGCCCCAAGGGCGAGAACUUCUACGAGUGGGUGUCGACCAUCCUCGGCCCGCCGGGCUCCGUCUACGAGGGCGGCGUCUUCUUCCUCGACAUACACUUCUCGCCCGAGUACCCGUUCAAGCCGCCCAAAGUCACCUUCCGCACGAGGAUCUACCAUUGCAACAUCAACAGCCAGGGCGUCAUUUGCUUGGACAUCCUGAAGGAUAAUUGGUCGCCUGCUUUGACCAUUUCCAAAGUUUUGUUGUCCAUUUGUUCCCUUCUCACCGAUUGCAAUCCAGCUGAUCCGUUGGUAGGCAGCAUAGCGACGCAAUACCUGCAAAAUCGCGAGGAGCACGACCGUAUCGCGCGAUUAUGGACCAAACGCUACGCGACGUGAUUCCAUUUCCAGUCGAAAGUUUCCAUAGAGGUCGCUCCCGUCGCCAGGAUGGCACGUUUUUCGUCUAAUCAUUUAUCAUUUGUACGUCUUCAACGUUUCGCAUACACAGUGUUCGAGGUCUCGCAUUGAACAAUUCGGAAUCCGAGGGAUUUUUUUUUGUAUUUGUUGUUCUGGUUUAAUUUCUCAAAAUAAACAUCGGACGAUGCGGGUUUCGAACACUGCGCCUCCGUACGCUUUAACGUUUUUUAAUUUUGUUUUUAUAUAGUUUUAAUGGAGUAGGAUUAAUUGAAAUCUCGUGUGAAAUAUGCUCCUUUAAACAAAGAUUAUAAAGAGUACAAUUUUCGUGUUGUUCUUUCCGUUUUGCGAGGUGUCUGGAAAAGUUUUGUGUAAGGUAGGCAGCCUAAAGAGUGCCGAGGGUUCCGCGCGAUCAAAAUAAUAAUAUUGGGGAUGUGGAAGUGAUGAUGAGAUUGAGAAUUAAUUGAUUUCCGUGCCUGUAGUCGGUGAAUUUAGAAUUUGCAUAUCUUUUUCUGGACACUGUUUCCUUUUUUUCGUUUUUCGAAUAGUUGCCAAAGUUUUCAAUGUGUUUAAUUUGUGAAAUUAAGGAUAGUAUUUUGUGUUGGUGUUUUCGAAGUCGAGAAAAUGUGCAAACAACUCUAAAUAUGUAACUGUUAAAAAUAUACGUUACAUAAUUACCUUAUGCGAUAAAUUGGUUGUUGUACUAUCUUCGAAGACUUCGUAAGCAUUGUACUUACAUCAUUUGUUGCGAAUUUUUAUUUAUUCUAAAUAGAAAUAAAUAUAAGAUCCAACUAACUUUAAGAGAUCCAAAUAGAACUCCCCCCUUAUUAAUCAUAAACAAAAUUCGAUUACUAUUAGUGUACAUAAAAAUACGCCUAAUCUUAUAAUAAUUUAAAUCUCUCUUUAAUAAUAACGUUUAUCGAAAGGAUUUAUUGUUAGUUGGACUGAACUAUGAAUUUCGUGAAAUACAUUUUUUUGAUUAGCUAUUAAAGCAAGCUCGACAAGUAAAAUGGACUGAAAAUUGUAUCGAGAUUUUUUUUUACUAUAAGUUGAAUUGACAGAGCGUCCAUUUUAAUUGCAGCGUUCCUAAAAAUACGAUCAUAAUUGUAAGAUUCCUUUAAUUGUGCAAUGAGCUGUGUUAACAUACCGAUGAUAUUAGUGGCAUUUGACCUAAUGAAAUGUCUGUGCUGUUGGUAAGUUGUCUCACAGAACCACCUUGUAGAUUGCUUUUGAAGACCUACAAUACAUUUUUUUUCGAUUUUUAUAAUACUGUUUUAUUUUUAUUAUUUUUUUUUUCUUUGAUGUGAUAGGAAUAUUUAUUUUUUAUGGAUGCUUAUCGGACGAAAACAGUUUACUCCAAACAGCUUGUGUAAAGUAUCCUUUUUUUACUAAAUCUUAAGAGAAUAUGGACUAUUCUUCUAGUAAUUAAAAGUACUGUUUUAG